AUAUAAAAAGAAGAAAAUCAUAACCUUUAAAUUAUCACCUGUUUAUAAAUGGUUUACAGUUUUUUAAUAUUAUUGAAUAGUUUAUAAUAUUUAAAAUGCAAUUGAUAAACGAAAAACUGGAUAUAAGAAAGGUGGAGCAAUGUUUAAGGACAGAAAAUAAAUUUAUAUCAGAACUCUUAAAGCGGUCGUGUAUUCCAGAGAGAAAAGAUUUCGAUGCUAGUGAUGAAGAAGUUGAAACUACAACCUCUAAACUUCCUUUCGAUGCAAGUAACAAGAAAACUUCACGAGCAGAGUCCCUUGUUGAACUCCAGCAAAGAUUAGAUGCCAUCAAAGGUAAGAAAAAGCAGACCUACAAAGAGAAACUGACGAAAAAAGGUUUAAAGAACAGAUUAAAAAAGAAAACACAGCAAGAUCAGAGAAACGCUGAGAAAAAGUUACAGAGAGCAGCCCAGUUAACUUUAAAACAAGAGGUGAAGAGUGAAAAUGGAGAAGUAAAAGUUGAAACACAGGAAGAGGUCCACAAGAAGCCAGUGUUCAAUAAAGAAGAUAAAAUUGUGUAUUCCAAAAUUGAUUUUGAUACUCUUGGCAGGCAAAAGAAGGUUAAGAAAGAAAAAGAUCCCAAGAAACUACUAGAAAAACUGGAGAAACAGAAAGAGAACAUAGAAAAGCUAAAAGAAAGUGGCAACAUAGAAAAAGCAAUAGAAAUCAAAGAAAAAUCACAGUGGAAAAAUGCUCUGGCCAAAGCUGAAGGGCAAAAGGUUAAAGAUGAUCCAUACUUAUUAGCUAAAAGUGUAAAGAAACAAGAACAAAAGCAAAGAUCUACAAAGAAAAAGUGGGAACAGAGACAACAGAAAGUAGAGAAAGCCAAGAAGGACAAACAACAGAAGAGGACUGACAAUAUCGCGAAGAGAAAGAAGGAAAAGAAAACUAAGAAACUGAAGCAGGCUGUUAAGAAAGGUAAAGUGAUUCCGGGAUACUAGACUGUUUACAUUUGGAAAAAAACUGUGUAUAUGUGUUAUUACCUGUUACAUUUUUAUCUGUUAAGACAUUCUCCUCUUUAAUUGAUUGUAAUAAAAAAUACGUAAGUUAAA